AUGAAACCAAGAAACUUUCCUGAAGAUACACCGAAGGCGCAUUUCGUAGGGUUUAGUCUCACUUGGUAUUCCUCUAAUAUGCCGAACAUGAGGGAUAGGUUGUGCAGCUGGUCUUCUAUAUCCCUUGUCUGUGAUGAAUGUCUUCUGUUCGCUAUCGGCAAGGUUCAUGAAGCUAAGCAAGUCGUGGUCGACAGUGGCGUUUACGAGCUGGUUGAUUCGAGCUUCCCGAAUAAAGCCAAUAGUGCGAAGCUUAUCGACUUUGGUUCUCAUGGCCUCAUACCGUUCAGUGAUAUAGGAUCAACGCUUUUGACACAGAGGUUUGUAAGUUGGGGAAAUGCUGAGCUUGUGGCUGAUAACUUCGGUUGA